AUAGGGCAGAAUUCUAUUUACUUUUAAAAUUGAGAUUAAAAUCUGAAUAGACAUCACCGCUGCCUGCUGCCCCUAAAGCAUGAAAAAAUAUCUGCUUCCUGGAGAGGAGGGGAGAUGGGACAUUGUCCACUUGCUGGGAAGACCACUAGGCAGGCCAGAGUAACAGCCCUGUCACUUUAACAGUUGAAUAUUUCCAGGCUGAGCUAAAGGGAAAGCCCACCCUCUUUCUCUCCAUGCCACUGUCCCAGCUAGAGCUGAAGUCUGCAGGAAGAGAACAAAAGAUGCCAGACAAAACCCAGCUUUAGGUAAAACAGGUGCCAGCAUCCCAGGUGACAAGAUAUAAUGGAGAGCUGAGAUCCCUGACCAAGCCAGAAGGAAGGCACCACAUCAGAGCUGAAAUACAGCCAUGGGCGAAUGGGGAUUCUUGAGUUCCUUGCUAGAUGCAGUGCAGGAGCACUCACCCAUGGUUGGACGCUUCUGGCUGGUGGUGAUGCUCAUCUUCCGUAUACUCAUUCUAGCCACAGUGGGCAGUGAUGUCUUUGAUGAUGAGCAGGAAGAGUUUGAGUGCAACACUAAGCAGGUGGGAUGCAAACAGAUUUGUUAUGACUUGGCAUUCCCCAUUUCCCAUUAUCGUUUCUGGGUUUUCCACAUUGUAGUGCUCUCAGCCCCAGCUGUUCUGUUUGUCAUCUAUUCUAUGCACCAGACUACCAAGAUCAACCGUGGCUUGAAGGAAAUUGAAGGAAAUCAGGAGGAAGCCAAUCAGUCAGGGAGGAAAGUUCAGGAACAAUUUGAACUCCAGCCCAGUCAACGAAACCGAAAUAUUCAGACUUUCUACAUAGUCAAUGUCAUAGUAAGAAUCUUGGCUGAGAUGGGCUUUCUAGUAGGACAGUGGAUGUUGUAUGGCUUCCAAGUAGGAUAUCAAUACAUCUGCAAGCAUCGUAUGUGUCCUCAUCUCAUUGAUUGCUUUGUAUCUCGGCCAACUGAGAAGACCAUCUUCAUUCAGUUCUAUUUCAUGGUGGGGCUUGUUUCAGCUUUCCUCAGCCUGGCGGAGCUAGCUCACCUGUUGCUCAAGAAGCGGUGCCGGAGAUGUCAUGUGAUCACUACUCCUGUAACUACAUCAUAUGAACAGCAGGACAAUUGGUCCAAUCAGAAACAAGAGAAAUCACAGCACUUUCUUGCCCCAGCUGAGGGAGGUACCAUAGGGACAUCUUCUCAUGAUGGGAUAGCUAACCAUUAUGAAUCCAAGGCUCAUUAUCAUCAUAAGAAUUCCACCAAGAGCAGCCGAUCUUCUCGCUCUUCAGCAAGAGGCGACUUAACAGUGUAAGAGCAGAGAAUACUUUCUUGUCUCUUUGUUUUGUUCCCUGGAUGAGCUGGAUUCUUCUAGGGCUGGAAUAUGAAUGGACCUCUAUUUUCAGCUGAAGCUGAAUAACUUAGAUCUAAAAUGCAACAUUCUGCACUAUGGGACUUGGUCAUAUUUGCGACAAUUCAUUAUUUACUUUCACAUACAUAUUAAGGGUAGAUUGAUAUGUCUAAAAAUGCUUAAAUUUACUACCAUGUAAAAUAAAUUGAGAAGGAUCCUAAUAUUUUAGAAUAGAAGGAGUAAAGGAAUAAGAUUAUUUUCCAGUAUUCUGGGAUUUUCCUAAGUAGUUGAUCAAUUCCCAUUUGAAGCUGGAAUUUAUCUGGCUGUAGAAGAAUAUAUCAGUGAAAAAACAAGCAAGGAUACCUUUAUUUUUAAGUGAAUAUACAUGGAAUUAUAAAAUGCCAGGGCAAAGAAAAUUCAGGCCAAUGGAUGUCAGAGGUCCUCCCAGUCAGAGGACUAUAAAUCAGUUAAGGGGUAUUAACCAUUGUUCAAAAACAAGACUACCUGGUUUCUACUGAGAUAUCCAGUACUGCUUAAUGUGCAAAAGAAAACUGGGUAGAUGUGGUGAUGGAUGCACUCUCAUUGUGGUUUAUCUUCCAGAGAAAUAAAAACUGCCCAUUGGCACAGAAAGCAUGAGGGACCUUUGCUGAAGAAUUUAAAUUAAAAAAAAUUAAAUGUGUGUUUCACAUUAAAAAACAAUAAUCACAGGGAGGGAGGGGGGUUAUAAUAUGUUGCAGAGUAAAGCUUCAUUUUAAUAUGAUCCCAGGAUGACUUUGAAUCCCAUCUAGGACUCAUGGACUUUCUUUACAUAUAAAAGAGGCUAGAUGUUGUUUUGCUUAAAAAUAUCGCACAAGUAAGCCAAGAACAGAAGUCAUUCUGUUAGAAUUAUAAAAGGGAACAACCUGAUCUAAUUAAAGGAUUGGGUACAGGGAUGUUUUAGGGUAAGCCCAACCCAAUCAUACAUCCCUCUAGGCAGUUGUUUUCUGAUUUGAUCCAUUAUAUGCUCUCAAGAUUUCAAGAAUACUUAUACCAAGCUUUUUUGCCCAUGUGUUCAAUGGGAGUUUUUCCUCUCAAAAAAGUAUUUAGGAUAAAUCUGUACCCUAUAGCUGUCCCAUAUUUAAUUAAAAAAAACCCUACCAAAGCAGUGUAUUGAAAUAUGGAGUUGCCUUUCGGUAGUUGAAUCAUAAAGAGACCUUUGAAUGCUGUUUAUUGGGGCAGGGGCAAUCCAACUACAUGUAACCUUCAUUUAAUUACCAUUCACACUUAACGAUGGUGAUGAAAAAAUAACUCACAUUUGAGACCUUUGGCAAAAGAAAGCUGAAGUAAGAUCAAACUCAAUUGCACUUUCACUUAAAUGACGAUUUGCUUAGCAACUGAGUUAGCACUCCCAAUUGUGGUUACUAAGCAACGACUACCGAUACAUAUUAUGGACACCAAAUCUUUGAUAGCUAGUUCUGAGAAAAGAUAGCAUGCCUGCAUUUCAUUUUGUUCCCUAGCUGUCACACAGCUCCAGAGCUAACUUAGAUAGAACAGAUAGCGAGAGGGCUGGUUAUACUCGGGAUCCAUCAACAGCAAAUCUUUUUUUUUUUUUUUGCUUGACUUAUAUCAUAGUCUCAACCCUAGAAAGCACCCAUCUUGGGAACUAUUGAGAUCUUGGAGGGGGGGCUCAGUAGUGGACUGUCCCUCCACCUUACAUCAAAAGUAUUGCUCUGAUCUCAUUGAAAAAACUAAUAAGUUUCAUCAUAAAACUUAAGGCUUCUGUGAGUAAUGUACUCAUUUUAAUAGCUACCUAUUACACUGUGUACUUAAAUCAAUUGUUCAAAAGAUUUUAACUAUACCAUUAUGCCAUUUAUUAUGUCCUACAUUUGGAUAAGAAAAAUUAAAGCAUUGGGGCCUUUGCAGAUUUGCUUCUGCUCUCACAACAAAUGCUCAUUGGGAAUGCACACAGAUAUCGCAAUUACAGGAAAUGAUUUUUUUAAAGAAAUAAAGAGCCAGAAACAUUGUACCUAUGGAACCGGAGAAAGAUGCUAGAGAAAGAGUGAGAAGUAAAAAAUAGAGUGGAUCAGUCUAUAUGGAGAAGUGACAAAAGCUUCUGUUUCUAGCUCCUUGUACUUUCUUUCCACAUGGUCCAAUUUUUUGUCCCAAAAGUCUCAAUGGGAAUAUUUUCAUCUGCUUUUAAAAAGAAGUGCAGUUUGAACCAUAUACAUAAGGUGUCUACAGCCAAAGGCAGCAUUCUCCAGAUGUCUGUAUGAUAUGUAAUAUUUUUGAGACGACAACAUCUUCAGGUCAAAUAAUUUGAUAACUUCAUAACCAAAUCCAUGCAGUGGUAACCAGAGAUGGUUUGCCAUUUUUUUCCAUGAUGCUAACUCAAGCUGAACUAAAUUCCUGAGGCUAACAAAAUUUAAGUGCCAUAACGUUUUUCAUUCUGGAGUAUAUCAUCUUUUUUAGUCAAUGAUCAGUUUAUGGGAAUCUGAUGGAUACAAUGUUAAGCGUUCAACAAAAUCUUGUACAAUAUCCUAGAGAAGAAAAAAAGACAAAAUGUGGGCUUGAUUAAAUUACCAUUCUAUGGAUAGACAACUGGUAAAGCAUUCAUGUGCCUUUCAUACACCAAUGUCAAGUUGGAAGGAAACUUCAAAUGGUGUACUGCAGGGCUCCAUUCUAGAGCCAAUGUUGUUCAAUUUACUUAUAAAUGUUUGGAUGAUGAACUACAAAAUACAAUUCUGACAUUUGCAAAUGAUACAAAGAUGAGUGAUAACGAACACCCCAUGGAGGACAGCUUGAAGCUUUAGGAGAACAUUGGCAUACUGGAACAAUAGGUAGAAACCCACAAGAUGAAUUUUGAUCAGGACUAAUGCAAAAUUCUACAUUUGAGUAGGAAAAAUGAAAGACACAAGGAAAAAGUAAGAAUCACAUUGAGCAAUACGUGUGAAAAGGAUUUGGAUGUCUCGGUAACUCACAAGUUGGAUGUGAGGCAAAAAUUUGAUGCAGCUGAAAAAAUUGCAAAUUAAAUUCUAGAUUACAUCAAUUAGAAGUAUAGUGUCAAGAUCAAGAAGAAUCACCAUUCUCCUAUCUUUCUUCUCUAUUAUGUGUUGGUCAUACCACGUCAAGAAUACUAUCUCCUAUUCUGGACACAUUUUAGGAAGAACUGAUAAACUGGAGCAUACCCAAAUAGCAGCAACCCAAAUAACAAGGGACAGAAGAAAAACUUAAUGAGGAACACUUGGAGGCACAGAACAUGUUUAGCCUGGGAGAAUUAAUGGCUACCCUGACUUACCACAAGGGCUCUCAUUCUAGAAGACAGGGUGGAAUAGUGAAUACAGGAUUAAAAAAAAACAAUGGAUUUAAAUGACAAUAAUUUUGGGUAUAACACUGGGGAAAAAAACAUUUCUAAUCCUAAGAGCUGGAAUGGAUUGCCUUUGAGAUGUGGUGGGCACUCUUUCACUGGAAACAUUUAAACAAACUUUGGAUGGCCAUUUGGCAAGGAUGUUUUACUGGUGGCUUUCUGCCUUGGGCAGAGGUUGGACAAGAUGAUAUCCAAGGUCCUUCUGACCUUUAUAUACUAUGUAUCCUUAUGUGUACAUAGACAUACAUAAAUAGUGUACAUAACAGUUGACCCAUGGAGUAGAAGAGGUAGUUGUUUCCUUUUCCUCUCUCUAACCUGUUAAUAUCAAAAUAUUAAACUUGGAAUAUUUCAUUAAAAGAAAUUCAUUUAUAUAUA